GACGGAGCGCUGUAGCUUAGCUAGAAGAUUAGCACUAUAACCGCCUGCGUGGUCCACCGUCGUUCAGUUGGAAGAAUAAGCACUUUUGAACUGACUGAGGAUGUUUUGCGAUGCUUUUUAAUGCAAAAUGAGCCUCAGUACUUAAAGAAUAUUUCGUACAAACUUGUGUAAAUGGUGGAGAUGGAAUAUACGCGAGGAAACAGAAGGUUCUUUACAGAAUAACAACUUUGGUUGUCGAAUGCGAAAAUGAGUCAUAUUUGGAAGCAAGGUGUUUGAUGCAAUAUUUGGAAAAUCAUUAACCCAGCUAGACUACCAUUGUGGAACUCUCUGUGACUCGCAGCAGCAAGCUCUGGAAUGGAUCACUAUUCUAGAUCCAGCGGUGAGAUACAGCGCAGAAACCCCCAGCAUGACUUUGAGCUCAUCCAGCGAGUGGGCAGUGGCACAUAUGGAGACGUCUUUAAGGCUCGUAGCAUCUCCACCGGAGAGUUAGCAGCUGUAAAGAUCAUCAAACUGGAGCCAGGAGAUGAUUUCUCAAUCAUCCAGCAGGAAAUCUUCAUGGUGAAAGAAUGUACUCAUCAGAACAUUGUGGCCUACUUCGGAAGCUACCUCUGUCGAGAGAAGUUGUGGAUUUGUAUGGAGUAUUGUGGAGGAGGCUCAUUACAGGACAUCUAUCAUGUGACUGGUCCCCUAGCUGAGCCUCAGAUUGCUUAUGUGUCCAGAGAGACACUGCGGGGUCUGGAAUAUCUGCACUCCAAAGGAAAAAUGCACAGAGAUAUCAAGGGGGCAAAUAUUUUGCUUACUGAUAACGGAGAUGUCAAACUAGCGGACUUUGGUGUAGCGGCAAAAAUAACAGCCACAAUUGCCAAAAGGAAAUCCUUUAUUGGCACCCCCUACUGGAUGGCCCCAGAAGUGGCAGCAGUAGAGAAGAACGGAGGCUACAAUCAGUUGUGUGACAUCUGGGCUGUAGGAAUUACAUCCAUAGAGCUCGCAGAAUUGCAGCCUCCAAUGUUUGACCUUCACCCCAUGAGAGCUUUAUUCCUAAUGUCCAAAAGCGGCUUCCAGCCACCCAAAUUAAAAGACAAGCUCAAAUGGUCUGCAGCCUUCCACAACUUUGUAAAAAUUUCUCUUACAAAGAACCCGAAGAAGAGACCCACAGCUGAGAAGCUGCUGACGCAUGUGUUUGUGGCGCAGCCAUGUUUGAGUCGCAGACUCGCAGUGGAGCUGCUGGAUAAGAUGAAUAACCCAGACCCUCCUGUCUACAUGGAGAAAGACGAUGAUGACCUCGAGCUUCCAGCUCAACAGAAAACCAUCCGUUCAUCCCACAAGAACCCUCGAGCUGAGAAAACCCGCUCCGAGCUCGACUUCGAUAAGCUGAAGUUUGAGCCUCCUCGCGUGAAGGAAACAGAAGCACGUGUGGAAAUGGAUGUAACCAAAGAGAAUGAGUUCUCCUCUCAGUGGAGCCCAUUUGGUGAAAGCGGAGUCUCCCCUAGGGGAUAUAAGACACCACUAGAGGAUGCCUUUGAGGAAGUGGAUUUAUCCACUCUUAAACGUGUGCCCCCACCUCUUCCUCCUAAGCCACCUAUUCAAAACAAUGCAUCUGAUGAUCUGGGUUUGAGUGAUGGAUGUUCAACGGUUAAGCGCUUCCCAGACUCAGAUAAUGGGCCAGUAAAAACACCCCACAGGCAGAGCACACCAGAGAGGGGCAAUAGGAUGGAACAGACACAGUCUGCCUACCUGUCUUCCAGUGUGAGCAGCCCUGGACAGCUCUCACAUGCCACAGAACACGCUCCUCUCUCCCUUAAUUCCAAACCAGCAGAUAAUGACUCUGGGGACUCUGUGAAUGGAGACACUCCCAGAUCACCACCCGGCCGGCCACAGAAGAAAGAAAAGAAAGAAUUCCCUAAGCCAGCGAUUAAUGGCCUGCCGCCAACCCCUAAAGUCCUGAUGGGCGCAUGUUUCUCUAAAGUAUUUGAUGGCUGUCCUCUUAAAAUCAACUGUGCCACUUCAUGGAUUCAUCCAGAGACCAAAGAUCAGUACUUGAUCUUUGGGACAGAGGAUGGGAUCUACACUCUUAACUUGAAUGAGUUACAUGAGGCCACCAUGGAGCAGUUGUUCCCACGCAAAUGUACGUGGCUCUACGUUAUAAAUAAUACCCUCAUGUCAUUAUCAGGGAAAACCUUCCAGCUGUACUCUCACAAUCUGAUUGGCCUGUUUGAGCAGCUUAAAAAACCUGGACUCGCUGCACAGUUCCAGACACACCGAUUUCCUGAUAAGAUUCUACCCAGGCGAUUUGCCCUGACCACCAAGAUUCCUGAUACAAAGGGGUGUCAUAAGUGCUGCAUUGUGCGUAAUCCGUACAAAGGCCAUAAGUACCUGUGUGGAGCAUUGCAGUACGGCAUCGUUCUGUUACAGUGGUACGAACCAAUGCAGAGAUUUAUGCUUAUAAAACAUUUUGAUUUCCCAUUACCGAGUCCUCUGCGCGUGUUUGAGAUGUUAGUGGUCCCGGAGCAGGAGUAUCCCAUGGUGUGCGUGGCGGUCAGCCAGGGCACAGAGCCUGGCCAGGUUGUCCGCUUUGAAACUAUCAACCUUAACUCCUGUUCCUCCUGGUUUACUGAGAUCGGCUCAACUGCGAAUCAGGUCGAUGCUAUUCACGUCACUCAGUUGGAAAGAGACACUGUGCUUGUGUGUUUGGACAAAAAUCUAAAGAUUGUGAAUCUGCAGGGGAAGCUUAAGUCCAAUAAGAAACUGGCUUCUGAGCUCAGCUUUGAGUUUUGCAUCGGUUCUGUGGUGUGUCUACAGGACAGUGUUUUGGCUUUCUGGAAACAUGGUAUGCAGGGGAAGAGCUUCAAAUCUAACGAGGUAACACAGGAGAUUUGUGACCCGAGCAGAGUAUUUCGACUGCUAGGAUCAGACAGGGUGGUGGUUUUGGAGAGCAGACCCACUGAUAACCCGACUGCCUUCAGCAACCUUUACAUCCUGGCGGGCCAUGAGAACAGUUACUAGCCUGAUACAUGCUGAUUCCUGUAGGAAGCACCACAGUGUGCCUUGUGGAUCAGAGAUGUUCGCCAGUGUUCUCUAUUUUCUAGUCGUUUUUUGGCGAGCAGUACAGCUCUCGAUUAAGAGCAGCCUUGAAGACAACGUGAGCGAAAUGCUUACUUCAGCUUGUGUCCUACUAAAUCCAGGAAUGGAUUCUUGAAGCUGUCACAGGUCACACAUCCUUCUGGCUCUCCUGUUGGCCUAUGACCAAUUUAGAAGCAUGUCAGAUGGUAACGGGGGAUGCAGUAAACAAGACAGACAUGCCAAGCUCUGCUGCCAGCUAUUACCUAACCAGCGAUACUGCAACAAAGUUAUAGCAUAAAGUGCCUUUCAAGGGCUGUGCAUUUUAAACUCUUUCAGGAACAGACCUCACUCUCUUUCCUGUGUGUUUAACUCAGUGUACAACUAAACCAGACUGUUCAUUCUGAUCUAAAGCAUAAUUGAAAUAUAAUUCUUAUAUUGGGAGUAUUACCAGGAAUGGAUUGGUUUGGGAGAAAGAGAUGGGACAUUUUGCUUAUUGGCUGUUUAAAGUGUAAUUUAUUAAGCUGUAGCCUUAUUGUAUUUUUAUGAGUUACCCAGAAUGCACCUGAAUUGCUCACUUUCUAUCCGAGCUGGACUCAGCAGCGCUGCAUCGUUAUUUUACUGCUAUAUAUAUAUGUAAAAAAAAAAAAAAAAGAGUUUCUUUCUCCUGCUUUGGUUACAUUUCAGAACCCAGGUAUGUAAAAUGGUAUUCUUUUGUAUUCUAACUUUUAUUCAAUAUUUGCACCAUGUAAGCACUUUUGUACAAUAUUUGUUUUGUAUUUAAGAAUGACAAAAUACGGGAGAUGCUAGGUUUUCAUUGACUUGCAAAGUAUUUCCAUGGCUUCAGCUCUAAUGUAUGGCCGUCUCUUUGUAAUAAAAAGGACUGUUAACAAGA